AUGUCAGCUACAGCGAUCGCCGCGACCGCAGUUUUUGAUGUUGCUCCGGCCAUGGCGACGCACGACGGACCGAACGAGCCUCGGUGGGAAGAUCAAGCGAGGAGGGGACAACGUGAUUUGUAUACGCAGUUCGUUAUUAGUGUUAUACUGGGUCUGAGUGCAUUUUUGGCAUUCUGUACCCUCCGCCCGAAGUGGACAGAGCUCUAUGCUGCAAGGAGAAAACGAAGAAAUGCAGCAUCUGCCUUGCCUGAGUUGCCUGACAGUUUCUUUGGAUGGAUUCCCGUGCUUUACAGGAUCACAGACGAGGAGGUUCUGGCAUCCGCUGGGCUGGAUGCGUAUGUGUUUCUAUCAUUUUUCAAGUUCGCGCUCAAAUUCCUCUCUGCGACUUUUGUCUUCGCAGUCGGCAUUAUCUUACCACUGCACUUGAGAUACGCUGGGCAGUCAGGGAUUCCUGGGUGGGACCAGGAUGAUGGAGAUAAUGAUGAUGAUAUGGAGCUUUAUCGGCGGUCUUUUCUGUUCGGAUCUGGGAAUAAGGAGCUCAAAUCGGACCCCAACUAUUUGUGGAUGUACGUGAUAUUCACAUACGUCUUCACUGGUUUGGCAGUCUAUCUCCUCAUCCAGGAGACCAACAAGAUUAUCUUGACGAGACAGAAGUAUCUGGGGAGUCAAACAUCUACGACUGAUCGAACCAUCCGUUUGUCUGGCAUUCCUCCAGAACUGAGAUCGGAGGAGAAGAUCAAAGGGUUCAUCGAGGGUCUCCAGAUUGGAAAGGUAGAGAGUAUUACGCUUUGCCGCAACUGGCAGGAGUUGGACAUGUUGAUGGAAGAGCGGAUGAAAAUUCUCCGAAAUCUUGAGCGGUCAUGGACGAAGCAUCUGGGGUAUAAGAAACGGAAGCGAGAUAGCAACACAUUGCCUCUCAUCAGAUCCCGUCGACGGUCUACGAGUGUGACUUCUGAUAUUACGGAGCGAUCUCAUCUCCUAGAAAAUGAAGACGGCAGGCCCCUGGUGUCUAACCAAGCUCGGGCACGCCCUCAGACUCGCAUCUGGUAUGGCCCGUUUAAGCUCUGGUUUCGAAACGUCGACGCCAUCGACUAUUACACGGAGAAGCUGCGCAGGCUGGACGAGAAGAUCAUGGCUGCGCGACAGAAGGAGUACCCGCCAACCGCUCUUGCUUUUGUGACCAUGGAGUCUAUUUCUGCCUCUCAGAUGGUCGUGCAGGCGAUCCUCGACCCCCACCCCAUGCAGCUGGUGGCUACCCUUGCCCCGGCUCCUGCCGACGUGCUGUAUGCAUAUCCUUUUCAUUUAUCAUUACCGAUGGAGCAAACUAAUUUUGAUGGACUAGGGCUUUCUGGUCUUCAAGGAAUGACGUCUCGAGGUGACGUGGAGCUAUCUAUAAUCUCAAAGAACUUUUUCUUUACAUUCUUCAACCUGUUCCUGGUGUUCACGGUGUUCGGUUCGGCGACGACGUUUUACGGCUUCUGGGAGAAUCUUCGAGACAAGUUCAAGGACGCCACCACCAUCGCCUUCGCCCUGGCCACGUCGUUGGAAAAGUUCUCGCAGUUCUACAUCAACUGGAUUAUUCUUCAUGGCUUGGGGCUGUUUCCUUUCCGGUUGUUGGAGUUUGGGAGCGUCGCGAUGUAUCCGAUCCAUUUCCUGUCGGCAAAGACACCUCGCGAAUACGCCGAACUGUCGACGCCUCCUACGUUCAGCUACGGCUUCUCCAUACCGCAGACGAUCCUGAUAUUUAUUAUCUGCGUCGUAUAUAGUGUCUUUCCCAGCUCGUGGCUGAUUUGCCUCUGUGGACUGGUCUACUUCUUCCUCGGGCAGUUUAUCUACAAAUAUCAGCUGCUGUAUGCUAUGGACCACCAGCAGCACUCGACCGGUCGGGCAUGGCCGAUGAUCUGCAGUCGUGUUUUCGUUGGUCUUGUGGUCUUCCAGCUGGCCAUGAUCGGUGUUUUGGCUCUGCGUCGGGCGAUCACGCGGUCUCUGUUGCUGGUGCCGCUCCUCGGCGCCACGGUCUGGUUCACCUACUUCUUCGCGCGGACGUACGAGCCGCUGACGAAGUUUAUUGCGUUGCGCAGCAUCGACAAAGACCGACCAGACGAGUCGGAGGCAUCUCUCAGCCCGCCGGCGGUGCUGUCGCCUCCGUCCGGUCUGGACCGGGACUCGCUUCCCUUGCGCAUCGGCGGGCGAGACAUUGGCCUCAGGCUGAAGAAAUACGUGAAUCCGAGUCUGAUUAUGCCUCUGGAUGGGCCGUGGAUUCCGGGUCGUGAUCGUCCGGUCAUGAUCAGUCCUGAUCAGUUCGAAGAAGGACAGAUUGAUGGGGCUGUGUAG